UACGGUCUCGUGGGGCUGACUCACGCCGCGCUCUGACUCCUGCCGGAGAUUGGCAAAAACGUGCGCGUACAAGUACCCUCUGCCCAACGUUCGCCUCUCUCUUCUCCCCCUCAUCUCCCAGCUGAAGUCGAUAGCAAUGGUGGUCAUCGUUACUUUCGUACGCCAUGGCGAAUCCGAGGAUAACCCCAAAGGUAUUUGGGCCGGAUGGAAGGACGCGCCUCUUUCCAAGUUAGGUGAAAGGCAAGCCGCCGCCCUCGCCAAAUCCAAAACCCUCCCCAAUCCGCCCAUCACCGCCAUCCACGCCUCCCCCCUCCUCCGCGCCCGCGCUACCGGCCUCGCCAUCCACUCCGCCCACCCCCACGUCCCCUUCACCGAACACCUCUCCCUCCGCGAGCAUUGCUUCGGCGACGCCGAGGGCCACAAGUGGGUCUCCAGCCUGCCCGCGGAGUACGCGACCUUCGAGGACGCGUGCGCGGCGGGCGUGUACCCGAUCCCGAAGACUCGAUCGCAGAAAUUCCCGGGCGCGACGUCGGAGAGCUUUGAGGAUUUGCGGGCGAGGGCGAGGGAGGCGGUGAGGGAGGUGGUGUUGCCGCAUUUGAGGAAGGAGGUGGAGACGGGGGAGGGUGCGCAUGUUGUCAUCGCGAGCCAUGGGCAUUGUAUUACGGAGAUGAUUGGGGCGCUGCAUGAGCUUGACCCGGAUGCGGCGCCGAGGGAGGAUGUCUGGAUGUACAACACGGCGUGGAUGAGGUUGGAGUUGAGCCCGAAGGACCCAUCGGUGAAAUCGAUCGACUCGAACAACCCUCCACCGCUCAACGUGAAGGAGACGCACACGAAUCAGAGGGAGCACCUCGAUGGUGUGGAACCGGUGAGAUUUAGGUUGCCCAACUGAAGUUCAGGAAGCUGACGAUCCCAAAGCACGU